AACGGUGGGGGUUUUAAACAGCCCAGCCGCCGGGCGUCCGCUGCCUGCUGGCCCCUCUUUGCUGGACCCUUGACCCUCCGACGCUCAAAGCCAUGACCCUGCCGCUGCUGCCAGGCAACAGUUUCAACCGCAACAUGGGAAGGGAGAAGUUCCAUAAACCUCACCAUUGGGACUUUUGCAAUAAUGUCAGGAUGCUGUUGAAUGAAGACAAACCUGGCAUAGGUGGAGAACGGCUCUUGGGGCAAAAGAUGAAAUCGAAGUAUAGUGCAUUUCCUAAAGGACAAGGAAGUGCUGCACCAUCCUGGGUAGCUUUUGAUAAACAGGUUGUUCCCAAGUUGUGCUGUGACCUCUUCCUUGUUAGCCGCAGAUGGAAUAAUUGUAUUUUACCUCAUGCCAUAGGGACUUGUAUCCGGCGUCAUCGGAUUUCUCUCCCACCUCCUGAUGAUGAUCAGUAUUAUACUAUGCAUGAUUUCAAUAUUGGCAUAGACAUUGUCUUUUAUGGGCGAAAAUUCAGGAUUUAUGACUGCGAUUCAUUCACAAAAAACUUUCUGAGGAAAAUAGGAACCAAAUUAAACCCCCCGGAGCAGUGUCCCGAAGAUCCUUACCUGAAUCUACGGAAAACGACGCUGGACUGCAUGGAGCCCUUGCGGCCCUAUGAGCCCUUUGACACCCUGACGCAGUUCCUUAACUAUGAUAGGAAGGUUUUGCGUUUCUUCUGCGUGUGGGAUGACUCAACCUCACUGUUUGGGGACCGCAGAGACCUCAUCCUGCAUUACUUCCUGUCUGAUGAUACUAUCGAAAUCAAAGAAGUGCUGCCCCACAACUCAGGUCGGGAUGCCAUGUCAUUGUUCCUCCAGAGGGGGAAGCUUCCCAAGUUUGGCCCACCUGGAGUCUAUCAACCAGGUGAGGUAACAGAUCGAAUUGUUCUCAAUGUAUAUGGUGGCUACUCAGAGAAUCGAGUGACUGGCUACAUGUUGGAUAAAUACCAGCAUGGAAAAUUACAACGAGAGUUUUACAAGGAUAGUGACCUGUCCAUAGGAACUGCCAUCAAUGUGUGGGGAAGGAAAGUACUUCUUUGUGACUGUGAUGAAUUUACAAAGCUUUAUUAUAAGACUAAAUAUGGAAUUGAGAACUUUACCUCGAUUCCAUGCAAGCCUCCACCUCCUCCAAAAAUAGAAAGGAAAUUUCCACCUUACAACGGCUUCGGUUCUGAAGAAGAUUCUCUCCGCUCUUGCAUAGGCCUCAGACCCACACCUCAUCAGAAGGACUUCAGGAAGUACAUGGAAAAAGACAGCUAUGGCAACAUAAGCAAUACGCUCCGUUUUUUUGCAAAACUUUUCACACACAAAUGUGCCGAUGCCGACAGGAUGUUUAUUAUUUCAUAUUUUCUCAGUGAUAACACAAUGUCAGUGUUUGAACCUAUAGAGAGGAAUUCAGGGUAUACUGGUGGGAUGUUCUUGAAAAGAAGUCGCGUUAAGAGACCUGGACAAGAAGUCUUUAAAAGUGAACUAUCGGAAUAUAUACAAGCUGAGGAGCUGUAUGUUGGAGCCAAAGUGAACGUGAAUGGCUACCUAUUUCUUUUGCUCAAUGCUGAUGAGUACACCUUAAACUACAUGGAGAACAAUACAGAUAAGUUUCCUUACAGCAACCUUCAGCUUGCCCUACAAAAACUGAAAGAGGUAGAAUCAAAAUCCAGAGAGAUCAAGCUGGUGUUUGCAAAUGCUGACUGCAACCUCACGAAGAGGGUGGAUUAUAAUACAUUCAGAGAUAUAAUGAUGUCUAUAACUGUUGGGAAACUCAUAGACCAAGAAAUUAUAACUAUUGCUCGUCACUACCAAGUACCCAAUGAACCAUGUCCAGUUACAGAAAUCCUACUUGCAAAGGCCCAUGAACAGCUCAAGAAAAAUACUUUUGAGAAUUUUGAAAAACUCAUUGCCACUUGUGUAUAUGAAGAUCGAGAAAAAAAAAAUGUAAUACCCAGCAAAAAUAUGAAAAGGCUGUGCAAGGCCUCCAGGCUACCUUUGACUGAUGAUUUUCUAGUAUCCCUCCUGUCCAGGUUUGAAGACAGUGAAGGACAAAUAAAUUAUGAGUCAUUUUUCUCUGCCCUGAACUGGAGAAAAAAUCCUUUACCCGAAUUGGAACCAGUAUCUCCUGUGAAAGAGAGAUGUGAAGAUGAGUGGCUUGGGAUGCCAUCACCUAUUCCUGCGAAAUACAUCGACUAUUUCACCCUUAUAAAGGAUGUGUAUGGCUUGGAGGACGACUAACCAGGCCAGUUUUCAUCAGCUCCCUUUGAUUUCCUUCUCUGAUUUUGACAAGUAAAUUUCAGUUUUCAAAUACAAUUUCAUAUUAAAAACAAGGAACAAAGUUCAUAUUAAAUUUCAAUCCAUAAACCACAAUUAAUCUCCUUUUGUCAUUUUAGUUUCUCAGAACAUCAUAUUAUAUUGCUGAUGUACUAACACUAUUAAAAAUGCCAUUUAAAGAACCAUUGAACAUUUUUAUU